GAGUGCCAGUUACCGUUCUUGGUGAAACUUCACUGUAGAUUGAUUAAUGUAAGGUUGGUGUACUGGAAGUUAACUCCUCGUUAAUACUCAAUUCUACCGCAUGUGUAUGUAUCUGUUUAUAUAUGCAGAUGCAGAGGCCGAGGACGAAUGCUUUGUAUUUGGCAAGUCCCUUUCCUCCUCCUCUUCUUCUUCCGUUAGUGGCGAUCUCGUUCCAUGCCGCUCUCGUUGAUGGCGAUUGCGUUAUCAUCGAAUCCGCUCCGCGCAUUUCCCAAUAAAGCCAAUCAAUUCUGAGGGCCACAUAUGGGCUUCAAUCCACACCACCACGGCUCCGCCGCCGAUGGCGUUUCCCAGCGCGUCCACAGUCCGCAAUUCUCGGGCUCAAUGACUCGCCGAGCCCCGUCGUUCAAGCGCAACAGCAACAACCAAAACGCUCACAACAACAAUCAAAGCAGCACCAGCAAUAACAACAACAACAACAACGGCAACAGCAACAACGGCGGCGGCAACAGUUUCCACAUCGAUCUCCAGCUCAACUCGCCUAGAUCUGAAAUUGGCGGCGGCCCCGGUUCGGAGCUGAGUCAUCAUUCGCACGUGACGCAGAGACUGCACGUGAAGAAGGCGGCUGGAUUUGGAUCUGGUGGUGGAGUGGGGUUGGGAUUAGGGUUAGGGUUGGGGUUGAGAGAGAGGAAGAAGUUGGGGCAUUGGAUGUUCUUUGUGUUUUGCGGGGUGUGUUUGUUUCUGGGAGUUCUGAAGAUUUGUGCCAAUGGAUGGUUUGGAUCUUCUAUUGAAGGGUUUGGGUCUGAACAGGAUAUAAGUCACUCAUCCACGGAUAGUGAUAAUCUAAUGGAUCGAAGCUCUCAUGAUUACGGAUAUAGGCAGAGAGCUAGUAUUGAUGGGGAUGGAGGAAAUGAUCUGGAACGAACCCUAAUGAUGGUAGCAUCAAGUGUAGUUGGUGACAAGAACAGCAUGGCUGAUUAUUCAGGUAUCUGGUCCAAACCCAAUACUGAAAAUUUCACUCAAUGCAUUGACCGCCCCAAAAGUCACAAGAUUCUGGAUGUGAAGACAAAUGGAUACCUUCUCGUAAAUGCAAAUGGUGGCUUGAAUCAGAUGAGAUUUGGGAUCUGUGAUAUGGUUGCUGUGGCUAAGAUCAUGAAGGCAACACUUGUCCUCCCAUCACUAGAUCACACCUCCUAUUGGGCAGAUGAAAGUGGCUUUAAAGAUCUGUUUGAUUGGAAACACUUCAUUGAGACACUCAAAGAUGACAUUCACAUUGUUGAAUCAUUACCACCAUCUUAUGCUGGAACCGAGCCUUUCACAAAGACACCGAUAUCUUGGUCCAAGGCCAGUUAUUAUAAGUCAGAGGUUCUUCCACUUCUGAAGCAGCACAAAGUUAUAUAUUUUACUCAUACUGAUUCCAGACUUGCCAACAAUGGUCUAGCAACCUCCAUUCAAAAACUAAGAUGCCGUGCAAAUUACAGGGCAUUAAAAUAUUCUGCCCCUAUAGAAGAACUUGGAAAGGUCUUGGUUACUAGAAUGAGACAAAAUGAAAGUCCUUAUCUUGCUCUUCAUUUGAGGUAUGAGAAGGAUAUGCUUGCAUUUACUGGCUGCAGUCAUAAUCUGACCAUAGAAGAAGACGAUGAACUCCGGAGGAUGCGAUAUGAGGUCACCCAUUGGAAGGAAAAGGAGAUUGAUGGGUCAGAGCGAAGGAAGCUUGGUGGGUGUCCAUUGACCCCAAGAGAGACUGGCCUUUUGCUCAAGGGGUUGGGUUUCCCAUCAAGCACCCGGAUAUAUUUGGUUGCUGGCGAAGCUUAUGGGAAUGGGAGUAUGCAAUAUCUCACAGAAGAGUAUCCUAACAUCUUCACGCAUUCCACUCUUGCAACAGAUGGGGAACUAGAACCUUUCCGGAAUCAUCAGAACAUGCUGGCUGGUCUGGACUAUGUGGUUGCCCUUCAGAGUGAUGUUUUUGUUUAUACUUACGAUGGAAAUAUGGCAAAGGCUGUUCAAGGUCAUAGGCGCUUUGAGGACUUCAAGAAAACUGUCAAUCCAGACAGGAUGAAUUUUGUUAAACUUGUGGAUGAAUUUGAUGAAGGAACAAUCUCUUGGAAGAAGUUUAGCUCUAAAGUGAAGAAGCUUCACAAAGACAGAGUUGGAGCUCCAUAUUUACGGGAACCUGGUGAGCUCCCUAAGCUGGAAGAGAGUUUUUAUGCAAAUCCACUCCCAGGGUGUAUCUGUGAGCUGGUAGAAUAGGGGGGCUGAACUUGAAGGUGCAUGCUAUUCGAUCCCAUUUGAGCAAGGAUUUGUUGUUCUUGCUCCACCCUCAUUCGUGUAAAUGGACUUAAAACUUUAUCCCCAGAGAAGAAAUACGUCUUUCUCAGUUUUGAAAGCUGCUAUCUCUGACAUUGCAAAUGUUAACGUAUUCGUGGAUCAGUGGAUGGCUGAGGUCUUUGCCGGACUUAGACCAACGGAGACUAAAGCAUAUUGGUCCUUAAUAUAGAGGAAGCAGGAAAGUAUUAGUUCAUUGAAUUAGUAGAACCCUUCCCACAGAAUCAACAGUUACAAAGAGUGGGGAACUGCCUUCUGGACAAGGUGCAUGUACCCUACUUUAUUGUUUUCUAAUAAUCAAUGAAAAAUAUGAUUUCUGCCUUUUAUCAAUUAUACAAAAAUGUUUUCAGGUUUGUCUCAGUUACUGUUUCAUUUCUUGCACUUGAGCAGUCAUGAAAUGGAGAUAUUUGUUGUUUCUUUUUUC